AGCCAAUACAGAGCACACCUCCUCCUUCUCGUCCCCUUUACUCUUUUGAAUGGGGCACUCCUCUUCACUUUUCCUCUCUAUCUUGUGGAGUGUGUGUGGAGGAAGAGCUGGAAAGUGUGUGUAUGUGUGUGUGUGUGUGUGUGGGGAGUGUAGUGACUGUGUGGACAUGUCAUCGUUCACUCUCAGAGUCUGAUCAAGCAGGUGGACGUGGUUGAGACUUUACAUUAUGUCUAAGAUGAGGACCCAGUUUGGAGUUUUGCUUUUAUUAGUCUUGUGGCUGGACUACUCUGAUGCUUGGUUCUGGUCCUGGACUGGUACUACAACUUUGGCCCCAACAGUGGACAAUGAGGGAUCUGGCAGUCCGACAGGUAGUGGAGAACCACCAUCAGAGAGUAUUGCAAGGAUUGGAGCAGAGAUAAUUGACGAGGGACGUGGGAUCCAAAAGGUUCUGCAGUUUUGGGAUGAGACCACUAAGGCUCCUCGACUGACCACUCCAACUCAACCGGAGAAAGAACUUGCAUCAGAAAAGAGAACAGAAGGGAUUUCAUCACACAAACCUAAACCUGAAGACAGUGGAGUCUCCCUGCUACAGCUGAUUGGAGACCCUCCUCCGAACGAGGUCACCCAGAUCUACGGGCCUGACAGCAGUCCCGCUUAUGUCUUUGGCCCUGACACAAACACCGGCCAGCUGGCACGUGCCCACCUGCCAAACCCAUUCUACCGGGACUUCGCCCUCAUCUUCAACCUGAAACCCACCUCCAACAGGGGCGGUGUCAUCUUUUCUAUCACAGAUGCCUCACAGCAGAUCAUGUAUGUGGGUGUUAAGCUGUCAAAUGUGCAAGGUGGCAACCAGAACGUCAUCCUGUACUACACGGAGCCCGACUCACAGCAGUCGUAUGAGGCAGCCAGGUUCCUUGUGCCCUCCAUGAGGGAUACCUGGACUCGCUUCGCCAUUGCUGUGAGGGAUGAUAAGGUGAUGUUCUACCUCAACUGCGACACAGACCCCCAGGUGAUGCGCAUUGAGAGGUCUCCGGAUGAGAUGGAGCUGGAGGCUGGAGCCGGGGUCUUUGUCGGACAAGCUGGAGGAGCUGAUCCUGAGAAGUUUCUGGGGGUGAUUGGUGAGCUGAGGGUGGUGGGAGACCCCCGGGCUGCUGAGAGGCACUGUGAUGAGGACGAGGAUGACUCGGAUAUGGCUUCAGGUGAAGGAAGUGGCUAUGAGGAAACCAGACCCCACAAACCAGAUGUGAGCCAUCGAUGGACGACGACUCCUCCAUCUUCCCGGCCCAUUCAGCAGCCACCGCUGACCAGGAAUGAGGGAGCGUCAACUGCAAGAGAAACAGGGCCAGUUGGGGCUAAAGGAGAAAAGGGGGACCGAGGAGACAGAGGAGAAAAAGGAGACAGGGGUCCAACUGGGCCGAAGGGAGAGACUGGCUCUGGCUCAAGCUCACGGGGUGGAGCACGUGGAGAGAAGGGAGAACCAGGAGAAAAAGGACAAAAGGGAAGUGCAGGCUUUGGCUACCAAGGAGCAAAGGGAGAUCCUGGCCCUCCUGGGCCCCCUGGUGUCCCUGGCCCUCCAGGGCCCGCAACUGAGUUUUCAACUGGCGGUGAUAGCUCAGCUGUUUCCAGAGUCCCUGGACCCCGAGGACCAGCUGGACCACAGGGUUCUCCAGGCCCCCAGGGACCACCAGGAGCUGAUGGAGAGCCAGGUGAUCCUGGUGAGGAUGGAAAAGCUGGUCCUGUUGGCCCUCCAGGCUUCCCAGGAACCCCAGGGGAUCCUGGACUUAAAGGAGACAAGGGAGACCGUGGAGAGGGACAUCCUGGCCCCAGGGGACCCCCAGGACCUCCGGGGCCCCCAGGACCAGGAUACAGAUCUACUUUUGUGGACAUGGAGGGCUCAGGGUUCCCUGAUCUGGAAUCUGUUCGGGGACCACCUGGUCCUCCAGGUCCGGCUGGUCCUCCUGGGCCUCCUGGUCCUUCUACGUCAGGCACAGGAUUGAGUUCUGGGGCAUUCGGACCACCAGGAAAGGACGGAGCGCCCGGUCAACCUGGCCUGCCUGGUUUGCCGGGCACUGAUGGCUUACCAGGAGUUCCUGGUCCUAAGGGAGAAAAGGGUGAUUCAGGCGAGCUGGGUCUUCCAGGAGCAGUUGGAGAGAAGGGAGCUCAAGGUGACCCUGGUUUACCAGGACCUACAGGAGAGCCUGGACUAGCUGGUCUACCUGGACCCAUGGGACCCGUCGGGCAACCUGGGCCUCCUGGACCACCUGGACCAAGUUACCGUGUUGGAUUUGAUGACAUGGAAGGCUCUGGUGCAGGUUUCAUCAAUGGACUUCCUGGUGUCAGAGGACCAGAAGGACCACAGGGUCCUCCUGGCCUUCCUGGACUUCCAGGUAAACCUGGGUUCCCUGGUCUACCAGGUCCAAAGGGCAGUGAAGGUUCGGUGGGACGGGAUGGGCAACCAGGGUUGGAUGGCUUCCCUGGACCUCAGGGACCAAAGGGUGACAGAGGAGACAAAGGAGAGCAGGGUGACCCAGGUCGAGAUGGAACAGGACUCCCAGGACCACCAGGCCCACCUGGACCACCAGGACAAAUCAUCUACCGGACAUCUGACAAUUUGGAGGGUGUUGGCAGUGUCGGGGCUGAGGGAUCACCUGGUUUACCUGGUCAAGCUGGAUUCCCUGGUCCGAUGGGGCCAAAGGGUGACAGAGGAGACCCUGGCCCUGCAGGCUACGGGGUGAAGGGUGAGAAGGGGGAGCCGGGCUUAGUUAUCGGACCUGAUGGAAGUCUUCUGUCUCUGGAGGGGCUAACAGGUGUGAAGGGAGAGAGAGGACCACCUGGACCUGUUGGACCCUCUGGCCAGUAUGGACCUCCUGGAUUAAAGGGUGAAAUCGGAAUGCCUGGUAGACCUGGUCGCCCUGGUGUGAAUGGGUACAAGGGUGAGAAAGGAGAGCCAGGAGGAGGCUAUGGCUUCCCAGGAGUCCCUGGCCCUCCAGGACCACCUGGACCCCCUGGGCCAGCCAUUCCAAUAGAUCGCUUCAGUCGCUAUGACGACACUUCAAGGAAUUACCCAGCAGUUAAAGGAGAGAAAGGAGAGCGUGGAGAUCCAGGUCUUCCAGGAAUCCCAGCCUCAAAUUUCGAUAUUUACGCAUUCAAGAAUGAACUGAAGGGGGAGCGUGGAGAUAAUGGUGUGAAGGGUGAAAAGGGAGAGCCUGGUGGUGGAUAUUAUGACCCACGUUUUGGAGGAGCACAAGGCCCACAAGGGCCUCCUGGCAAACCUGGCCUGCCGGGUCCAAAGGGAGAUGCAGUAAGGGGCCCUCCUGGACCCCAGGGGCCACCAGGGCCACCAGGGAUUGGUUAUGAUGGGCGCCCAGGUCCUCCAGGACCACCUGGACCUCCAGGACCCCCAUCUCCCUCACUUCCUGGAGCUGGAGCAUACAGACCCAACCAACCUGUCAAUGUCCCAGGACCCCCUGGGCCUCCUGGUCCACCUGGAAUUCCUGGUCUCUCCUCUGGGGUUGCAGUCUUGAGGUCAUAUGACACAAUGAUUGCUACUGCCAGGCGACAGGCAGAGGGCAGCCUCAUCUACAUCAUAGAUAAAGCAGACCUGUAUUUGAGAGUACGCAAUGGACUGCGGCAAGUCAUGCUUGGAGAGUAUAGUCCCUUCUUCAGAGAUCUGGAGAACGAGGUGGCUGAGGUCCAGCCUCCACCUGUGAUCCUGUACCCCCAGUCCCAGGACCAGUCACACAACAACGGAGCCGGCCAUUAUUCCCAGGGUAGCUCUGUAAUACGACCCAUUGAUCCUCUGCCACACCCACCAGUGGAGCCCAGGUACCCUCCACAGUAUGAUCCCAGAUUCCCAGACCCGAGACACACUGGUCAGACAGACGGAAGAUUAGCCACCCAGCAGACUGAGAACAAAUACCCAGUCACUCCACAGUGGCGACCCAACCCACCUGUUCCGCAGCCUGCUGGCCCUGUGGACACGGCAUCAGGACUACAUCUCAUCGCCUUGAACGCCCCUCAAACUGGCAACAUGCGAGGAAUCCGCGGGGCAGACUUCCUGUGCUUUCAGCAGGCCCGUGCUGUAGGUCUGAAGGGGACCUUCAGAGCUUUCCUGUCCUCCAAGCUGCAAGACCUCUACACCAUCGUCCGCCGGUCGGACCGGGACAACUUCCCCAUCGUCAACCUCAAGGAUCAAGUGUUGUUCGGCAGCUGGGAGUCCAUCUUUGGGGACAACGCAAGCAAAGUUAAGGAGAAUGUACCGAUCUAUUCCUUCGAUGGAAGAGAUAUCCUCAGAGACAGCGCAUGGCCAGAGAAAAUGGUCUGGCAUGGAUCGAGCAACAAAGGCCACCGGCAAACAGACCACUACUGCGAAACAUGGCGGGCGGGCGACCGCGCUGUGACUGGUCUGGCAUCCUCACUAAACAACGGCCACCUCCUGCAGCAAACCUCGAGCAGCUGCUCGGGCUCCUACAUCGUCCUCUGCAUUGAGAACGCCUUCACAUCACACUCUAAAAAAUAAAUCCAGUCCAUUCCGCCUUUUUUUACUUUUUUUUUUUUUUUGCUCUGGGCCCUAGUUAAACACACUUUUAAUCCUGUGAUAAUACACCUCGUGAACAUGUUGCGUCCGAUGAACUGGCCCUGUGGCUCUUUGCCUGGCAGAGACUCUUUGCAUUGUCUGCUCCUCCCCUCUACAAACGCCAAAGAGAUGGGUUGAACAGAGGGGUGUUGGUCCUUUUUCUCGGGGGGCAUUGGCACAUAUUUUCUCAAAGGGGUGAGAUGAGAGCAAAGAAACUAAAUGCGCUCUCUGAUCAUAUCCAUUUUUUAAAAUUCUGUGUAUUACAUGUUUGUCGUUUGUGAUUUUUUGACGUUAUCAAUAUUUUAUCUUUUGGACUGUUUAUAAUAAUGCUAUAUCCAUCCAUCAUUGUUGUUUUUUUAUUUUAGGUUUUGAUCAUUUCCACAUUUUUUUCAAAUUUCAUUUUAGAAUUGUGGGCUAUGAUGGGGUAUAGCAAACUUUUUACGACUAUUUUAAAUUUAAAGAAGAUAAUAGAUAUUUAUUUUUAAAUGAAGUUAUGUAAGACAAAAAAAUGAUUUGGAAAAAUAAAAUUUGCUAAAUACCCUCAUUUAUACUCUAUACCACAAACCGAUUAGCUCUUUUCAUAUCACAAACUGUGCCUUUUCACACAACCAGGAGUGCUUUACAAAAUAAGCUCAUAUAAUGAACCACUUUUUUGUAUGAUUUAUUCUACAAAUAUGCAAAAGUUAGAGCGUUUUUUUUUUUUUUUGCUCAAGUGCAUUCAGAUGUUUUUACUUGACACUAUUAUAUUAAAUGACCUUGUUGAGACACGGACAUCACUGUAAUGAAUAAUCCCACAUCCAGACAGCAAGAUUCCUUCUAGCUGAAAUUGAGCCUUAUGAAUGGAAAAUGAUGCAUUUCCUUUUUACCAAUUUUUAAAACCUAUCAGUGAGUAAGCUGGAAAUGAUUAGUUCGCUGCUAAUCUUUGUUGGCGUGACUGCUGUCUCGGGUGUCGGGGCAGAAAAACUGGGAUGUUAAGAAGACAAGUUUUGCAGUAUUUCAGAGACUAACCUGAACCUUAGUGCUACUGAUGUCUUGAUUGAACCUGUGGACAUCCAUUUUUAUAACAAACUGUGCUGUACUGUUUUUCCCAGGCACUGAAUAAAAAGCCCUUUUCAACUACAAUAAUAAAA